UUUUUUGUGCGAAUUGAAAGCAUUUUUCAUAUCCAUAAUUCAUUCUAUACAAAGAAACAACCUAACUUUAACAAAUUUUUUCCUUGAUUGAGGUGUCGGCAUUAAUUUACACACACCUCGACUAUUUCUUAAGAAAAAUUAUCCCACAGUUACCACCCUUGUGGCCCUCCAGGUAAAUCAUGAUUCACUUUGUGAUUCUCGUUAGUCGCCAAGGAAAAGUGAGACUCACCAAAUGGUAUUCACCCUAUUCCCAGAAAGAAAGAGCUCAGGUUAUUCGAGAGCUUUGUGGCAUAAUCCUUAGUCGAGGCCCCAGGCUUUGCAACUUUGUGGAGUGGAGAGGGUUAAAAGUUGUUUACAAAAGAUAUGCCGGCCUCUAUUUCUGCAUGUGCAUCGAUUCAGAGGACAAUGAACUGGAGAUUCUGGCGAUAAUCCACCACUAUGUUGAGAUUUUGGAUCGCUAUUUUGGCAAUGUUUGUGAGCUGGACUUGAUUUAUAACUUUCAUAAGGCUUAUUAUAUAUUGGAUGAAAUUCUGAUAGCCGGUGAACUUCAAGAGUCAAGCAAGAGAGCAGUUGGACGGUUGAUUGAUGCACAGGAUUCACAGGUGGAGAUUGCUAAAGAGCAGGCCAGUUUAGUGAGCAGUAUAAUUGCAGUGGCCACCAAAUAGAAGCAAUGUUAUUUGAUCAAAAAAUUUGCCUUUGAUGAGUAAUAAAAGAAAAAUGUAGUGACGAAGUGGAUAAAUGCAUUUAUCCUCAGCAUUUCAGCAGGAUAUUAUUUC